AUGUCUUCUGGAGGUCUUCUUCUCCUGCUGGGACUCCUCACCCUCUGGGCAGAGCUGACCCCCAUCUCCGGCCAGGCCCGGCCAGAGUUGUGUUAUCUUCCUGCUAAACCUGGGCAAUGUGAAGCUUAUAUGCCUCACUUCUACUACAACUCGACUUUCAAUAACUGCCAGGAGUUUAUUUAUGGUGGAUGCAAUGGCAAUGCCAAUAGGUUUAAGACCAGAGAAUGCCACUACACCUGUGUUGAAAAGCCCGGGGUGUGUCCCACGGCCCCUCCAGGCACCAUCACCAUCACCCCUUGUCCCGUAAUGUGUGGAAGCGACUGGGAGUGCAAGGGGAAACAGAAGUGCUGCCAUUAUGCUUGCAUAGUUGACUGCAUGGAUCCUGUCUAA